AUGCCUUCUGCAACCACCACCAAGAUUGACAUUAGUCAAGUGAAGGAUGUGAUCGACGCCGCGAUUGAAAAAUCACAAAUCCAAUUGCGCGAACUGAAUAGACAGAUCUGGUCCAAUCCCGAGCUCGCAUACAAAGAGCAUCAUGCCCACGACACAAUAUGCAACUUCCUCGAAUCUCAGGGGUUUCAAGUAACCCGUCACGCAUUUGGUUUGGAGACUGCAUUUGAAGCCCGUAGCAGCAGCGGUGACGGCUCCGAAGCAGGGCCACUAAUCAAUUUCAACGCAGAAUAUGAUGCUUUGCCAGAUAUUGGUCAUGCAUGUGGUCACAAUCUCAUUGCGACUAGUAGUAUUACCGCAUUUCUGGCAUUGUCAGCUGCACUGAAGAAGUUUGGCGUUCCGGGACGGACACAACUACUCGGAACACCGGCAGAGGAGAAUGGUGGUGGGAAAGCGGUGCUAAUUGAGAAUGGGGCGUAUAAGGGGGUUGACAUUUCGUUGAUGGGCCACGGGGGACCAUCAUUAAUGGGUGACGGUAUUGCAGGCACCCUCUUCAAUGCCCGGAAACAGAUCCAUGUAGAGUUCACAGGCAAAAAUGCGCACGCUGGCGGUAAUCCAUGGGAUGGUAUCAAUGCCCUCGAUGCACUAGUAGCCGCCUACAACAACGUGGCCGUACUGCGACAACAGAUCUUACCCGAAGAACGUAUUCAUUGCGCGUUUCUUGACACUCCUAAGGUGGCCAAUGUGAUUCCAUCCUUUACAAAGGGAUAUUGGCAGGUACGCAGUCCUACCUUGAAGGGUUUGAACAGUCUUGCUGCCCGUGUGAGGAACUGUAUCGAAGCAGCCGCGUUAGCGACGGGAUGUCAAGUUAAGUUGAAGGAAGACAGCUUAUACAAGGACAUCAAACUAAACGAUACGCUAUGUCAACACUACCAGAAGAACAUGGGCCUCUAUGAUCGUACCAUCAUGAAAAAGCUCGACAAGGUCAUGACUGCUUCAUCAGAUAUCGGCAAUGUGAGCUAUGUCGUUCCGACUCUUCAUAGCGCAUUCACGAUCCGGGCACCUGAAGGCUCAUCCCCACACCAUCCAUCAUUUGCAGCUGCAGCGGGCACUGACGCUGCUCAUGAGGAAGCUCUGAUUGUUGGAAAGGGGUUGGCAUUGACCGGAUGGGAUAUAGUCGCCGAUGUGGGUCUUUUGAAGCAGGCAAGGGAACAAUGGAAACAUGAGAUCGAGAGCGAUAAUUAGAGGUGGCGUCUAUUGUAUACUGCAAACGGCUGCUUAAAUGUGAAUAUUACUAUACAAAAUGCACUGAGCUUCGUAUUGUUUAUUCAAGGCAAUUUUGCCGUAUUUAACCAUACCGAGAUAGCUGGAGCGGUUACCGUCCGCGUUUACCUCAAAAGAAGCGCGGAGAAUCGGACAAACUGAGUCAAAGAGAAACUGAAACAGAAUUGGCCGAACGGGCUUGUCCAUUCACGUGAAUCAAAUGAUGAUUGAUCAGAGCACAAGAUCUUACAUAAGUUUCAAAUCAAGAAUACGAAUCUUGGCGAAGCCGGGUCCCUCGCAACAUGCUCAUAUGAACUGAUACUGCACACAUAUAAGAAGCCUAGACCACGCGG